AUGUUCCGCACUCCUACUCCAGCAAAGAACACAAGGAGUAAGGUGCAAAUUGCUGAUAGUAAAAUCACCGACAGUAAAAUAACUGACAGUAAUGUUGGCGUGAGUGUAACCUUGCGUGAAAGCUCUGCCUCAGUCAUCCCCAAUAUGUCUUCUGUGCAGAGCACCGGCUCUAAUAUCAAUCCAGCACACGCCACCGGCGACCCAAACCAAUACCAUGAUGAGUUGGUGGAUCGUGUGAACAAUCUGACGGAGUGGAUCAG